UCGUCCUUAUCGCAUAACAUAACAUAACAUUCAUUGUCUUGUCCUCAACUUUAAAGUCUUCUUUUUCUUCACACUCUCUCUCUCCCUCUCUCUCUCUCAAACAAACAAAAUGAGUACAGCUACCUUCAUUGAUAUCAUUCUUGCCAUCCUCCUCCCACCUCUUGGUGUCUUCCUCAAGUUUGGCUGUGAAGUGGAGUUUUGGAUCUGUUUGGUGCUCACUCUUUUUGGCUAUCUUCCUGGAAUUCUCUAUGCUAUUUACAUUAUCACUAAGUGAUUCAGUUUAUCUUUUGUGGAGGAUGAUGAAUAGUUUUCUGGGCGUCAUUCAUGUCUUUCAAGUUUCGUGUGAAAGUUGUUGAGUGAUGAUGGAAAAAAGUUAUUCUUUUUUUUUAUUAUAUCUUUUCGGUGUCGAUAUUAUUUUUCUUUUUUUGCUUUGUUUUAACUUCAGUUUUUUUGUCUUGUGUGGAAAUGACAUUGUGAAUUCUAUCGAAUUGAACUCCUCUAUGUAAUCUUUUCAUCUAUAGUCCGGCAGAAAUAUAUGUUCAAUAUGAAAUUAAUUGGUA